AUGGGUUUGAUACAUAUUCCAUGUUCUGAGAAAUAUUUACCAUCCGAAAAUAGGAAAAAAGGGAUUCCUUGUCUAAAAAAAUGCCUUGAGAAAGGGCAGAUGUAUAGACCCUUUCAACGAGAUAGUGUUUUUUCAACUCUAUCAAAAUGGAAUCUAUUCCAAACAUAUAUACCUUGGUUCCUUACUUCGACAGGGUACAAAUAUCUAAAUUUCAUAUUUUUAGAUACUUUUUCAGACCUAUUGCCGAUACUAAGUAGCAGCCAAAAACUUGUAUCCAUUUUUCAUGAUAUUAUGCAUAGAUCAGAUAUAUCAUGGCGAAUUCUUCAGAAAAAAUGGUGUCUUUCACAAUGGAAUCUGAUAAGUGAGAUUUCGAGUAAGUGUUUCCAUAAUCUUCUUCUGUCCGAAGAAAUUAUUCAUCGAAAUAAUGAGUCACCAUUGAUAUCGACACAUUUGAGAUCGCUAAAUGUUCGGGAGUUCCUCUAUUCAAUCCUUUUCCUUCUUCUUGUUGCUGGAUAUCUCGUUCGUACACAUCUUCUCUUUGUUUCUCGAGUCUAUAGUGAGUUACAGACAGAGUUCGAAAAGGUCAAAUCUUUGAUGAUUCCAUCAUACAUGAUUGAGUUGCGAAAACUUCUGGAUAGGUAUCCUACAUCUGAACAGAAUUCUUUCUGGUUAAAGAAUCUCUUUCUAGUUACUCUGGAACAAUUAGGAAAUUCUCUAGAAGAAAUACGAAGUUCUGCUUCUGGCGGCAACAUGCUAUGGGGUGGUGGUUCCGCUUAUGGGGUCAAAUCAAUACGUUCUAAGAAGAAAUAUUUGAAUCUCAUCAAUCUCAUAAGUAUCAUACCAAAUCCCAUCAAUCGAAUCGCUUUUUCGAGAAAUAUGAGACAUCUAAGUCAUACAAGUAAAGCGAUCUAUUCAUUGAUAAGAAAAAUAAAAAACGUGAAUGGUGAUUGGAUUGAUGAUAAAAUAGAAUCUUGGGUCUCGCACAGUGAUUCGAUUGAUGAUAAAGAAAGAGAAUUCUUGGUUCAGUUCUCUAUCUUAACGACAGAGAAAAGGAUUGAUCAAAUUCUAUUGAGUCUGACUCACAGUGAUCAUUUAUCAAAGAAUAACUCUGGUUAUCAAAUGAUUGAACAACCGGGAACAAUUUACUUACGAUACUUAGUUGACAUUCAUAAAAAGUAUCUAAUGAAUUAUGAGUUCAAUACAUCCUGUUUAGUAGAAAAACGGAUAUUCCUUGCUCAUUAUCAGACAAUCACUUAUUCACAAACCCUGUGUGGGACUAAUAGUUUUCAUUUCUCGUCUCAUGGGAAACCCUUUUCGCUCCGCUUAGCCCUAUCCCCCCCUAGGGGUCUUUUAGUGAUAGGUUCUAUAGGAACUGGACGAUCCUAUUUGGUCAAAUACCUAGCUGCAAACUCCUAUGUUCCUUUCAUUAGAGUAUUUCUGAACAAGUUCCUGGAUAACAAGCCUAAGGGUUUUCUUAUUGAUGAUAGUGACGAUAUUGACGAUAUUGAUGAUAGUCACGAUAUUGACGAUAUUGAUGAUAGUAAUGAUAGUGACGAUAUCGAUCGUGACCUUGAUACGGAGCUGGAGUUGCUAACUAUGAUGAAUGCGCUAACUAUGGAUAUGAUGCCGGAAAAAGACCGAUUUUAUAUCACCCUUCAAUUCGAAUUAGCAAAAGCAAUGUCUCCUUGCAUAAUAUGGAUUCCAAACAUUCAUGAUCUGGAUGUGAAUGAGUCGAAUUCCUUAUCCCUCGGUCUAUUAGCGAACCAUCUCUCCAGGGAUUGUGAAAGAUGUUCCACUAGAAAUAUUCUUGUAAUUGCUUCGACUCAUAUUCCCCAAAAAGUAGAUCCCGCUCUACUCGUGUGCCCAAAACCCUUAGUGCUCUGGGCCUUACACUUGGUCUUACACAUAGAUCAUGAAGUCUUCUUUAGGAACCUUCCAAAGACUUUAGAUGUUUAUGUUCCUAGGAAGAGGAAGACGACGGCAAAAACCUCUGAUGGUGAGCAUAAGGUAAAAAGGAAGAAGGCCAAGAAGGAUUCUGCUACGACAGCCCUGAAUCAGAAUCCAGCUCCAAGACCUACCAGAGGCUCUGCACGACAUGCAAGUAAGUAUGCCUCUCCUUCUGUCUCAAUUUCACUUACAACCAUUGAUGAAACUCAACUUCUUCCCCCUCCUUCUACCUCUACUACGUCAACAACAAUUCCCUUAACCUCUCCACUCAUUUCCCUCACUUUACCCAUACCAACCCAACCUAUUCAAAUCACCACAACCACCAUCUCAACCACCGCUGAACAAUCAUCUAACCCCUCUCCAAGAGUUAAUCUUCUAGAAAUCUUACGUCAAUCCACCUAUGCACCAAAUCCACCGAUUCAACUCACCUAUACCAGCCUCGUUACCACCGAAUCUGAUCAACCUCAACUUAUCCAACCUCAACCACACCCUAUUCCUCUUUCAGUUUCCUUCCCAAUCAACAAUGUUGAACCAACCACAUGA